AUGCAGGAACUGCUCGCUCUCGCAGACGCAGCCGACGCUGCAGAGGCAAUCUCUGAGCCCUCGCCAAAGCGGGUGCGCACGCAGCCACUGCGAGUCCCUGAGUCCUUGGUCAACGCAGCAGCCGAGAGCCUGGCGCUGCUGCUCACCGGCGCGGUCCAAAAGGACGGGGAGGCAAGCAAGGAAAAGAAGCGCGCGAAAAAGGCUGGCCGCUCUGGCCGGUCUGGCCGGUCUGGCCGGUCUGGCUGGCUACGGAGCGACGGCAAGCGCUGGGACGGCGGGCGGUCUGGCCGGUCUGGCUGGCCACAACGCGCGCCCCCCGAGCUCUCGGGCACGAUGGCUGACGUGGGCCGCAUCGUGCUUGUGCCGCGCGCGUUGUGGCCAAACGAGCCGUGCACCGAGCAGCGCGGGCAGGGUUGGCUGGCGGUGAUUCGAGAGGCCAAGCAGCGCCGCUGCACGGUCCGCUUUCUGAAUACGGUGGCGGCGGACGAGCACCUAAGCGUCGAUGUGCUGAAGCUGAAAUACGACGGCUGCCGGGGCAAGCAAUCGACCGCGUCGGUCAAUGACCCGAAGCCAAAGGUCAAAUCCACCAAGGAGCCGUCGGUGGCUGAGCCGGCUGCGGCGCCGCCCGCCGACGACGCGCCCAAGCCAGCGCGCAAAAGCCGCACCCGCCCGCCGCAGCCGCUCACCGGCACCUCCGCCGACGUGGGUCGGAAAGUGCUCAUCCCGCACUCCGUCUGGCCCGACGAGACAUGCAAAGAGGAGGAUGGGCGCGGCUGGAUGGCACGGGUCGUCAAGGUGCACCGCAAGGGCGUGUAUGAGCUGCGCUUUUGCAAGGCGCGCGCGGCGGACGUGUGCCUUGCCAUCGACGUGCUCGAGCCCAUGCACAAGCGCCGCCCAAAGCCGGCCGACGACCCGACCAGGCCGGAGCUCGGCGCGCCGGCCGGCCGCUCCAAGCGAAAGCAACCCGACAAGCCGCGCGAGGCGGUGGCGCCCUCCGCGCUCGGCCUCUUUAUGCGCGCUGAGAUUGCGCGCCUGCGGCAGGCCAACCCGGGGAUGGGCAUCGGGCAGGCGCAGACGAUCGCGGGCAGGAACUGGGCCACCAGCGAGGACAAUCCGGAGACGAAGCGGCGCGGCGCGGCGCCGCACAUCUUCCCCGAGCCGCGCGACGCGCAAGGGCGGCUCGUCCUGUGA